AUGGUGACACUGCUGCAAUACAUGGAUUUUACUUUUAGCUCUGAAUACAGGGAUUUGAAAUAAGGUUUGGAUUCAGCGGUCUUGAUUCCCUCCAUUUUGACGUAAACAAAAUUUGGUUGCUGUAAAACACAGAAGUAGACUGACUUACGAAUUUUAAAAUUUGACUUGGUUUCUUUCAUAAGCCACUUCAAAGUUCUAUUUAAUGUGAUGUAAAUGCGUCACGGUUCCUUUGAGUUCAAAGCAAAGCGAAGAAUAUACGAUAUCUAUCAGGUGAAAAGAUUAAGAGCAAUGAAACCAAAAGUGUGGUGCAAUCAAACAUUGAUCUCAAAGUCGCACGCAUCCCUCGUUGUCAUUAGGAUUCAGGAGUACGUAUCCACAAUCAGUUCUUAGUCCAUCCUUUAUAAAUUUAUAAUGCUCCCCAAUUGCUGGAUAUUUUCGAACGUUUCCAGAUCCAAAAUUUUACCACGUGGCACCCUCUCAUGUAUUCUCUCCAUCACCUUUCCAGACGGUUCAAGUUUUAGAAUUCUUGAAUAUGGGGCUUAUCACGGCCAGUUCCUUGUCGUGUAUCCUUAGAAAGUGUGUUCCCCACUCAGCAAUCUCACAAGCUAAGCAAACCCAUGCCCAAAUCCUUGUUCAUGGCUUCAUCCCCAACAUCACACUUCAAACUGAUCUCUUGUUGGUCUACUCCAAAUGCGGUGUUCUUCAAGAUGCUCGCAAGGUUUUUGACAAAAUGGUUGAAAGAAAUAUGCACUCAUGGAACAUUUUGAUCGCUUCAUAUGCUCAUAAUUGUUUCUUUUACGAUGCUUUGGGUGUUUUUGAUAGUUUUUUGAAAAUGGGGUUUCGACCGGAUCAUUUCACAUUGCCUCCAGUGUUUAAGGCUUGUGCAGGAAUUGGAGAUUCUUAUCUGGGGAAGAUGCUUCACAGUUGGGUGAUUAGGAUUGGGUUUGAAGAAUAUGUGGUUGUUGGAAGCUCGGUUUUGGAUUUUUAUGCGAAAUGUGGGGGUUUAGUUGAUGCAUGGCGGUGCUUUGUUAAUAUGUCUUGGAGGGAUUCGGUUGUUUGGAAUUUGAUGAUUGUGGGGUUGGGAAAGGCUUGUUUUUUCAGGGAUGCUUUGGAAUGUUUUAGGGACAUGCUUAGUGAGGGAGUGAAGAUGGAUUCAAGGACAGUCCCAAGCAUUUUAAGCGUGUGUGGAGGGGAAGGAGACUUGAUGAAAGGCAAAGAAAUUCAUGGGCAAGUGGUUAAGAAUCAAAUUUUUGGUUGUGAGGUUGCUAUUGGAAAUUCGUUGAUUGAUAUGUAUGCAAAGUGUGGGUGCUUGCAUGAUUCAGAAAAGGUUUUCACGACAAUGAGUGAACUGAAUCUGGUGACAUGGACCUCUAUGAUAUCUUGCUAUGGGGUCCAUGGUAAAGGACAUGAAGCUUUGGCUCUUUUUAAGAAAAUGAAAUAUUGUGGAUUUCAGCCUAACUGUGUUACAAUCACUGCAAUUUUGGCUAGUUGUAGCCACUCUGGUCUUAUAGAACAAGGCCGGAAAAUUUUUUACUCAAUUAAUUUAGACUAUGGGUUUGAGCCCAGUGCAGAGCACUAUGCUUGUAUGGUGGAUCUAUUAGGUCGUUUUGGAUAUCUUGAGGAAGCUUUUGAAUUGAUAAAAAAUAUGAAGUCAGCAGCAACAGCAAGUGUUUGGGGUGCCCUGCUGGCUGGUUGUUUGAUGCACAAGAAUAUUGAGAUUGGAGAAAUUGCUGCUCAUUGCCUCUUUGAAUUGGAACCCAGAAACUCUAGCAACUAUAUAGCCUUGUGUAGUAUGUAUGAUUCUCUUGGAAUAUGGGACGGUGUUUCAAGAACCAGGGCAAAAAUGAGAGAAUUAGGAUUGGUUAAGACUCCUGGUUGUAGCUGGAUUACUGUUGCUGGAAGAGUCCAUAAAUUCUAUCAAGAGGACCUUUCUCAUCCUGAGACUCAGAUGAUAUAUGAAACAUUGCAUGGAAUUGUUAACAUACUUAUGUUGCCCAAAGGUUGGGAAUAGGGAAAUGACCAUUAAGUCCUGGCAAUCUUAGCAAAAGGCAACAAUGUUCAUUAGCAUCAUAUUUGGUGAGUGGUUGCCUCUACCAGUUAUUGAAAUUUAGAGUUGAACCAUUGUUCUUUAGCACAGGAAGCACUCUGGGGUGACCUGUUUUUCUCUUGUCAGCACAAUCAAAUGGUUUUGAACUAUAACGGAAAGAUACAUUGAAUACACUAGUAGACAGGCUGCAAAAUGAGAGAGCAGCUUUAUUUUCAAUGUUACUGUGUACACUCUGUGUUUAAAAUCUUUAGCCCAUUCACAUAUUAAAUUGCUAUUUAAUUUAAUUUAAUUUAUUUAUUUA